GCGAUGCAGAGUUUGCUAGUUCCUACGAACACAGCAACUUGAGAUUUGUGCUCAAUCAUAGUGUGAGAAUUUCUAAUUUACGCGACUUAAACCCACGAAUGUUGUACUGAAGAAUCUUCAAACAGCUUUCUGCAGCUCGCGGUGUGCUCCUACCUAACCAUGCUUCACACAGUGUUUGUACGGUACUAGUGGAGUUAUAAUGCAUUUGAAGGUGUUGAAUUUUUCAAAAUGCGCUAGCAAAAUCAGCAAAUCAAACCUUCUAAAUGCAUUAACUUUCGAGGCAUGCCAAGAUUUUUGUUUAUUCAUUUAAUGCAUUGAAAGGGUAUUAAAAGUAGGAUAUGUCAGUUUUCACGCAUUCAAUGGAAAUUUUUGAUGUCAAAAAACUUCAUUGGAAGGUAUUAUUUGAUACUUAUACAUGCGCUUAUAUAUCUUUUUUUGAUGUCGAUCGAAUAGAAUUAAUUUAAUUAAUUACAAAAUAAUAAUUUCAAAAAAUAACGUGAGUUCAGACAAAUAUGCAGGAAGCUAUAAUGUUGCAAAUGACAGUUUCACUUCAAAAAAGAAUUAUUCUAUUCUCUCAUAUUUACAUUUUCUUUUGUAGACGUAGACAUGGGAAUAUUUCUUUUCUUCUUAUGCUAUCCUUUCCAAAUCAUUUUCACUUUUCUCUCUCCUGUGAUUCUUACAAAGCGAAUAAGAAAUUAACCCUACUUUUAAAUAGUUUCUUUAACACGAAAAAGUGUGCAAAGAAACAUAAAAGUUGUUUUUGUUUUCUCUUUUUCAAGAACAAGGGAAAACGAAGAAAGAAGACUUUUUUUACUUUUUACUUACCUAUGUCGAAAUGAAUUGCGGUCUCACUAAUAGAUAUGGAGAGAAAAAACUUUUUUGAUUUUUAAAGAAACUAUUUAAAAGAGUUCUUAGGGUUAAUUUUUUAUUCGCUUUAUAAGAACCAUGGGAGAGAAAAAACUGAAAAUGAUCUUUAGUGAACUGGAAGUAUUGCAACUAUUGUUAUUUUUAGAAGUUUUUCUGAGACGGAUAAUCUGUUUUGUUUUAAUAGUAUGGAGAAGAUGCUACAUAAUUAUUUAGCGUCAUUUAUUUGUCGACUGUGACUACAAACUCUACACUAUUGCAAUUCAGUACAAUAUCUCAAACAGUAAACAUCACAUUAUUCCGUGCACUCCUAUGUGGGAUGUACAUGCGUCACUCGCUGCAAAUGCAUCUGAUGGUCGUAUCAUCUCUUCCGAACCUAUACAAGCGCUCUCGCAAGAGCGGGAAGAAUCAUUCAGGAAAUAUAUAACGGACACCAACAGGAUAUGGCGGAGGGAGAAAACGUCGAAAAAUUAAACGAAAAAUGCAAAGAAAUGUUACAUAUAAGCUCAAGCCAAGCUAUAAAAGAAAGGAUUCAGCAUCAUACACAACAACAUUUUGAACAAUCAUUGCUCCAUGAUCCAAUUGGUAUGGAACUGAAAUCAAUUCAUUUAAGAAUUUCAAACAGUGCAAAGAGGUUACCUUCGAUUUGGCUGGUACGCUGACAGUAUUAGUAGGUCCAAAUAAUGCUGGUAAAACUGGUCUGUUACAAUCCAUCCGAGUGUUUUGUAACGCCGUCAAAGGUGGGAGUCAAGGUUAUUCAUUUGAAACCGCUAAAAACCUGAGUCUAACACAUCCGGGCAUUGAUAUUGAAAUGUGCGGUACAUUCGUCGUCGAAUAUGCUGCUGGAGAUCUAAAGAAACUUGAAUUAUGA